AUACAAACUGUGGCCUACACUUCGUUAAUGUCACUGUCGUCUCACCCGGACACUCCCAAAAAAAAAUCCGACACAACAAACAAAUCUAGCCUCCAUUCACCAAUUCAAAUAAAUAAGAUCCUACUAUAUGCUCCCUCGCCUCUCUCCUUUCCUCCGCAACUCUCCAAUGGCACGUGCCGUUUCACGCGCCACCACCCCUCUCUCACUGCCUGCUCUCUUACCGGCCACAACGCUCUCCUCUCUCCACUCUCCUUUGAGUUUUUCAUUCGCUCCUAAACCCAGCAAUUUUAACUUCCUUUUGUUAACUAAUACUGGACUCUUUAAUAAAAAGUUCGAAACUUUUUCUCAAGAAAAUUAUAGGUGCACGGUUUGGGCCUCCCAUAGAGGUUACCGGAAAGUCAGACGGCGGCCGGCGGCGGCGAGGAGGAGUAAAGAGAAGGAUUUGGAGCUCAGUGUUAGCAUUUGCAUUGAAGAAGGCCUCCCUAAUGACCCCGAAAUAUUGAGUAUAGCAGAAUUGCUUAGACUAAAUGUGCCAACGGCAUUGAAGUUAGCAUUUGAUAGUUUAAAGAGUUCAACUUUUAAAACAAGGGAUGAAACUAUAACUGAUAUUGGUGGGUUUGACAGCAUUGAGUUGUCUGUGAUGCUUUGCAAUGAUGAGUUUAUUAGAAAACUUAAUAAGGAAUGGAGGGAUGAGGAUCAUGCAACUGAUGUUCUUUCAAUGUCACAACACGUGCCUGGCCUUGACCUACCAAUUCUUAUGUUGGGUGAUAUAGUGAUUUCUGUUGAGACUGCUGCACGACAAGCCGAGGAAAGAGGACAUACUCUUAUUGAUGAAACUCGUGUUCUCCUGGUUCAUGGGUUGUUGCAUCUUUUAGGGUUUGAUCAUGAACUUAGUGAAGAGGCUGAAGCUGAAAUGGAUAAGGAGGAGAGAGUUCUUUUGGAGAGUCUUGGCUGGAAAGGGAAAGGAUUAAUUCAGAGUGCAUACGAUGCAGAAACUACUAUGAAUCAUCAUAUGGAAAGUUCAGAUGACAGGAAGAAAGAAGGCAGUCUUAGAUUCUAUAAACCAAAAUUCAGCUAUAUCUUCUGCGAUAUGGAUGGAACGUUGCUGAACAGCAAAAGCCAAAUCUCCUUGACCAAUGCAAAGGCCUUGAAAGAGGCUUUGUCAAGGGGUGUGAAAGUGGUGAUCGCGACUGGAAAAGCACGUCCUGCUGUGAUAGAUAUUUUGAAGGCAGUAGAUUUAGCUGGUAAAAAUGGCGUUAUCUCAGAGUUCUCCCCUGGAGUUUUCUUACAGGGGUUGAUUGUUUAUGGUAGACAGGGUCGGGAAAUUUAUAGAAGCAAUUUGGAUCUGAGUGUCUGCAGAGAGGCAUGUCUCUACUCUUGGGAGCACAGGGUUCCUCUUAUUGCAUUCAGCAAUGAUCGUUGCUUGACCUUAUUUGAGCACCCUCUAGUUGAUUUACUGCAUACUGUAUAUCAUGAGCCAAAGGCUGAAAUCAUGCCUUCAGUUGAGCAUCUCUUGUCUGCUGCGGACAUACAGAAGAUGAUCUUUUUAGACACUGCUGAGGGAGUGGCUAUGAACCUGCGGCCGUAUUGGUCAGAAGCAACUGGAGGCCGUGCCAAUGUUGUGCAAGCUGUUCCAGAUAUGCUUGAAAUUGUCCCCCCUGGAACCUCAAAAGGGAGUGGUGUAAAACUGCUGCUUGAUCAUUUGGGUGUCACUGCAAAGGAGAUAAUGGCUAUUGGUGAUGGUGAAAAUGACAUCGAGAUGCUUGAGUUGGCUUCUCUAGGCAUUGCUCUUAGCAAUGGAUCAGAGAAGACAAAAGCUGUGGCUAAUGUUAUUGGUGCCAGCAAUGAUGAAGAUGGUGUGGCCUCUGCUAUUUACCAGUAUGCAUUCUGAGGUAUAAGGUCUAGUUUGAAAAAUUCGAACAAAGGUCACAUGGCGAAAGAUACAUGGUGCUGGAUGCAAUCUGGCCAUUUUGACAGUAUUUAUUUCUCGUUAUAGAUGAAAGAUGGGCUUCAUAAAUGAAAAUAGAAACUUGUCAACUUCUUUCCCUAUUGAAUGAGUUAACAGUAGGUAAUCAUUCAGUGCUAGCUCCUCUGAAGCAAGGUCUUCGAGACGGUGGUGCAAAUAAAGCGACCUUCUUUUCUCAUAGUGAUUGAUCUCAAUGAUUUGAACUUCAUGGAUUUUUUUAGGUAGCUUUGUAUCCAGAAAUAGUUUCACUCUUUUUUUUUUUUGGGACGAGGAGUGUGACUUCAGGCAUGCCCACACCCAGAGCCUCAAUGUUUAUGCGAUAUUCUUUUCCAUAUGAGAUUUUAUGUACCUGCUACUUCAUGUAUCUGUUUGGAUAAUUCAGAAAUGGACCAAUGAUACUGAACUUUUUGCAUUCUUUGGC